AUGGAUAUUACACAUGUCACACCAGACGCGAUUCAAAAUCUGAAGUUUCAGCUUGAAAGUGCAGCAGUGAAAUGCUCAGAGCGAUGUCUCUAUCAAUCAGCGAAAUGGGCCGCAGAGAUGCUAGACGCCCUUGCGCCGACCGACGAGGAAGACACCGACCCAGAGUCCCCCAUGGAUAUGACAGAGCCGGCGCAUCUGCCAGUAAACCCUUAUCUACGCGAGCAAGACCCCGUCGAAGCAGCCCUGGAGGCUCAAGAAUCCUACAAAUACCUUCUCGCGAAGUCAUUCUUUGACACCCGCGAAUUCGAUCGUUGCGCCGCGGUGUUUCUCCCCGCGGCAACUUCGCCUGUGCCACUCUCGGUCAUCUCGCCGAACUCGAAACCCAAGCAAGGACGAACAUCCCUGAAGGGCAAGGAGAAAUCAUCAAACAGCAAGACUAACAUCCGCAGAAACCCGUACCCGAAACUCAGUCAAAAGUCCCUCUUUCUUGCCCUGUAUGCUAAGUAUAUGGCGGGAGAGAAACGGAAGGACGAAGACACAGAGAUGGUACUGGGCCCAGCGGACGGUGGCACGGCAGUGAACCGAGAACUACCAGAUCUGGCACGCGGCUUGGAGGGGUGGCUGAUGGAGCGUAGUGCGCAAGGACUGGAAGACCAGAGCCAGGGCUGGCUUGAAUAUCUAUACGCUCUUGUUCUGUUGAAGGGCCGAAACGAAGAAGCGGCGAAAAAGUGGCUCAUCCGCAGCGUGCAUCAGAACCCAUUUCACUGGGGCGCAUGGCAUGAGCUGAGUGAUUUGUUAGCCAAUAAUGAGGAUCUUAAACAAAUCGUUGGACAGCUGCCACAGAAUAUCAUGACUUUGGUCUUUCAUGUGUAUUGCAACCAGGAGCUGUACCAGAUUACCGAAGAGACGUGGAAAGCCGUAGCAGAACUUGAACAGCUUUUCCCCGGCAGCGCUUUUCUGAAGACUCAAGAGGCACUGUUGCACUAUCAUUCCAAAGGUAACUCUCCGCUCUCCCAUACGCCCUUGUUUCACAUUGCUCAUUCGCCAUCAUUAGACUUUGAACGAGCAUCCGAGAUUUUCAAUGAGAUUCUCUCAACUUCGCCGCAUCGUCUGGACAGUCUCGACCACUACUCCAAUAUUCUAUACGUCAUGGGUGCCAGGCCCCAACUCGCCUUUGUGGCCCAAAUCGCAACCGCUACCGAUAAAUUUCGCCCCGAGACGUGUUGUGUUGUAGGCAAUUACUACUCUCUGAAGUCAGAGCAUGAAAAAGCCGUGAUGUAUUUCCGGCGGGCUCUGACUCUUGAUCGCAAUUUCUUAUCUGCAUGGACACUCAUGGGCCAUGAAUACAUCGAGAUGAAGAACACCCAUACUGCCAUUGAAUCCUAUCGCCGGGCUGUCGAUGUCAAUCGCAAAGACUACCGCGCUUGGUACGGCCUAGGUCAAGCUUACGAGGUCCUGGACAUGUCAUUCUACGCUCUGUUCUACUACCAGCGCGCAGCAGCCCUUCAACCAUACGACCCGAAGAUGUGGCAAGCCGUUGGAUCGUGUUAUGCAAAGAUGGGCCGUAUCGAAUCCAGUAUUCAGGCCCUGAAGCGAGCGCUGGUUGCAGGUUCAUAUUACACCGAAGCUGCGCCGGCACCAGGUGGAAGCCCUGGCGGAGGCGCUCGCAAAAUUCUCGACACCGAAACGCUGCACCAAAUCGCCACGCUCUAUGAGCGCCUUGGCGAUGAAGAUGAAGCCGCUGCAUACAUGGAGCUCACCCUUCAGCAAGAAUCCGGGGGUGCUCCUGUGGACGCAAGCCUUUCCGACGAGGAUCUUUCUUCUCCUUCGGAAGCCGCUGCACACAGUGACGGUGGAUCUGACAGCUCCGACGAAGACAACGAUGCGUCACAGAAACAGCCUGGGCGCCGGCAUCGCCGAACACGCCCUCGUACAUCUUCCUUCAGUAUGCAGAAUGAUGACUCUAUGAAUAGCGAGACAUAUCAUGGCACAGGCCCUACGGCUACGACGUCCCGGGCUCGUCUGUGGCUAGCCCAAUAUGCAAUACGGCAGGGAGACUUGGAUCGCGCAGACCAACUCGCCGGGGAGUUAUGUCAGGAUGGAAUGGAAGUAGAGGAGGCAAGGGCGCUAAUGAGUGAUAUCCGCGCCAGAAGAGAGGGUGGCGACUAG